AUGACCGACGAAUCUUCUGCAAGUAGCUCUGAUCGCACUUUUCCCGUUGAAGAUGAAGCAAGUGAUAUAUUCCAACAAGAAGAUAGUGAGCUCGAACGAAUUGAGAAAAUUGUUCUUUCCGAAGGUGAAAUAGACAAUGCGAGUAGAGACCUUUUUCAAAAAGAAAGGAUAACUUUCUAUCCCUACAAAGAAUUUGAGCAAAUCGAGAAGAUUGGAGAUGGCUCUUGUGGAAGUGUGUUCAAAGCAAUUUUAAAGAACACUGAGAGAACCGUGGUCAUUAGGUCGGUCCCUUUAUCUGAUGAGUUUAAACUUCAGGAUUUAGUCAACGAGGAUUCCCAAAACGUUCUUAUUCAUAGAGGUCACGUCCGAAUAAGCGAUCUCGGCAUAUCCAGACGAAUGGCGGAGUUUUCAAAUCUACUUGUAAAAUCCCUGGGUUCCUUUCAAUACAUGGAUCCUCAGGUCUUGGAAAUUCUUUUAUCAAUUGGGCAUAAAAAGAGUUCGGAUAUAUAUAGUUUGGGUGUACUUUUGUGGGAAAUUUCUAGUGGAAGGGUGCCAUUCGAGUCUGAAGAAAUGGAUAAUAACGACUUGAUAAAAGAAAUUGUAAAAGGCAGACGAGAAACAGUUGAGCCUGGAACUCCACGUGGAUACGUUAAAAUCUAUAGAGAAUGUUGGCAUUAUGAUGACGCGAAACGUCCGACUAUUGAACAAGUUCACUCGGCACUUAAUGAUAUCGACAUAGAUGAUGUAGUGAGCAACUAUGAAAUAUUAAUGUGUUCAUUAGACGAUCUGGUAAAAGAAGAAGAAUCCAGCAAAUCUAAAGAAGUUGAAGUUGAGAUACCUAUAUCAGAUAGUAAUGCUGAAUUUGGCGAAUCUUAUAAACCUGCCGAUUGUAUUGACAAUGUGGAGUCUACUGAAGAUGCAGAUUCGACGUCACAAUUUAGCACAGACAUUCAAAUUGAUUUGCCUCCCGUUGAGACAUUCGCUGAGAUAGAUCAUUACAUAAAGGGAUUAUUUCAAUUUUACGUCGACCAAUUCAAUAUGCAACAUCAUUCUAAGCAUGUUGCUCUUAAGGUUAAAAAAUAUAUGGAAGGAGACAAAAAAAAUCCCACGAAAGUAUUCGCGCAAGUUCUUCAACAUCCAAAUUUUUCUUACUUUACUAGUUUAGUGGGAUUUUUCUAUCGCCACGGAAUAGGCACUUUAGUUGAUUACGAGAUGGCAUUUGAGAUGUAUUCGAUGGCGGUCAACGAUGAGGAUUACGACAUACUCGAAGAAUCAGAAUCAUUUUCGACACUUGAGCUAUUUAAAAAAGAAAAUCAAACCAUUGGUCAGAUUUCUCUCGGUUUACUGUAUUACAACGGCUUGGAUGCCGAGGAUAUACUUCAGGAUAUCAUCGACAGAAUGAUUUGA